UCUCUAACCAUCGUUUUCUUCAUCAUUCGUUAAACUACGCUCGCUCGCUCUUCUUUCACACCUCUGUUCUUUUUCAUUCGCCAUCUUUUGCUUUUUCCAUCGUUUUUCACCAAGAAAUUGAACUCUUUUGGGGCAUAAUACUCAAAUCAAAUAAAAGAAAAUUGGUUUCUGGAGUAGGUAGUUAGAUUAGAUGUGUUUAUUAGGGUGAUGAUGACAUCACAUGACAUGGAUCCUGAUGUUGUUCGAUGGGGCCUACAUCUCCUAGAUGGUUGCACAUUUGUCCAUGGUCGGUCCCCUAGUGUCGUAACUAGAUGUGAUCCCGAUUUAAGUCAAGUUGAAUAUGUUAGGGAAGGCUUCUGUGAGUAUUCAAAUGUUGAACAUGAUGAGGCUGUUGCACGUGCUUAUCAAGAAGAAUUAUCGCAACUUGACUCCAUGGAGGCUUCUGGGAUGACCAAUUUUGAGAAUGAGCAAGUGCGAGCAUCUGUAAAUGCGCAAGAUUGGCUAUCUUCUUCAAAUCGGAGCUAUAACUUUGAUAAUCAACAUGUAGGCGAUGCAUCUUGCCAGAAUCCCGGAGAUGAGUCAUGUCGUAUGAAAGAGGUGGAUGAUUGUGGUCCAAGUGGAAGGGAAAACAACAUGCAUGAAGUUGGAGCAUUUAAUUCAUCUUUUAGGUCAGGAGAGAUGCCCUUCAUUACUGAUGAAAUGUGGCAUUCGUUGGAAAUAUCGGAUGAGUCUUCUCUUGAUGGUGAAGUAGGCAAAAGAUUAAACCAGAUGGUUCCCAUUCCUCAUGUUCCUAAAACCAAUGAAAAAAUACCAUCUGAUGACGAAGAAAUAUCAGACCAUCAAAGGCUGCUAGACAGACUGCAGUUAUAUGAACUGAUUGAAUCUAAGGUUGAAGGAGAUGGAAACUGCCAGUUUCGUGCUUUAUCGGAUCAACUCUAUCGCUCUCCAAACCUCCACAAAUUUGUAAGGGAACAAAUUGUUCAACAGCUCAAGUCCGACCCAGAUCUAUAUGCUGGUUAUGUUCCUAUGACUUAUAGUGAAUAUUUAAAGAAGAUGAGCAAGAGUGGUGAAUGGGGCGACCAUGUCACAUUGCAGGCAGCUGCAGAUUGGUAUGGUGUCAAAAUAUUUGUGAUUACAUCUUUCAAGGACACAUGUUACAUUGAGAUUCUUCCACAAACACAGAAGUCUGGAAGGGUAAUAUUUCUGAGCUUUUGGGCAGAGGUGCAUUACAACUCAAUUUAUCCAGAAGGAGAAAUGCCUUCAUCUUAUGAAAAGAAAAAAAAGAAGUGGUGGAAUUUUGGCGGUUAGGAUCGGCGCACAAAUGGAUGCAACUAUUUCACGCACCCGUUGCUGACAAUCUGACCAUAUUUUUGGCACUUAAACCAUCGGCUAAUCAGUAUGACCGGCUAUGUAAUCAUCUGAGCUUUUAUUGCUAGCUGCACAUAUAUUUAUUUAUACCUUGAUGCUGCCCCUGCCAAUAGCUAGAGUUGGUUCCUCCCUCUUCGUUCGUCUCCUAUUCUUUUAUGUAUAUAUAUAUAUAUAUAUAUAACAAUAAAAUAAGAAUAAUAAUAACAUUUGUUUUCCUUCUUCUACGGCAUUCAUUUGUAUAUAUCUUUGUUCCAUGUAAGCUGCUUAUUUUUGUUUUCUGGCAACAUAUUCUUGAGGUUUUUGGAAGAAUCCAACAUAUUCUGUAGAUGGUAUGAAUAUAAGUUAAGUCCCUACUCUAUGUUGAACUAUUGCAGUAUAUAUUCUGCAAUGCAUAUAGCAUGAAAAAAAAAUUUGGUA